AUGUUAAAUGUUGCAAAUUAUGUCCAGGUGAGGCAGUACCACUUGAGUAUAACCUUGCAGGCCUCAAUGCAAUUGGUUUUGACAAAGGUUGCUACGUGGGAAGUAGAAGACAAAGUUACUUCAGGCUCAGAAAUAAUUGACCCUACGAGUGGCAAGAAAGUUAGUUUCGUCAAUACCACCUUUGGAUGUUGUGGGCUGGGACUUUUGCGAAUGGGGGCAGCUUUUAAAGGUCAGAGCACUUUAUCUGUAGAGGGUCAAGAUAAUGUGAAGCUUGAGGCUGUUCGACCAAAAUGGUGGCCUUCUGAGUGGCUUGAAGGUCAACGACAUCACACUGCUUUUGCCUAG